AUGCGGAGGUGUCGUCAGACAGGCCUGCGGCUGCGGCUGCUGGGGCCGGUGAUUAUGGGCGUCGGCCUGUUCGUGUUCAUCUGCGCCAACACGCUUCUGUAUGAGAACCGAGACCUGGAGACCAGGCGGCUCCGCCAGGGGGUGCUGCGGGCGCAGGCCCUGCGGCCCCCCGACGGCCCGGGCCGGGACUGUGCCCUCCUCCCCAGCCCCGGGCCCAGGACUGCCGGAGCCCUGGGCUGCGCAGAGCCAGAAAGUUGGGACCUGUCCCCGCAUCGGGGCACCUCGCCCGUCCCGUCAGUGCGGAGUCUGCGUUCAGAGCCUGCUAAUCCUCGCUUGGGGUUACCUGCCCUGCUCAACAGCUACCCGCUGAAGGGCCCGGGGCUGCCCCCACCGUGGGGUCCCCGAACCCAGCCUGGCCACGUGAUCAUCACAGUGCAGCCCUCUGGUUCCUGUAUUGAACAUUCCAAGUCUCUGGAUCUGGGACUUGGGGAGCUCCUCCUGGGGGCCCCAGCCGCUCGGGACUGUGCUCACCGAAGCUGGCCACGGCUGGACCGCCUCAGCCUGGGGGGGUAUGCCAAAUUGGGAGGAGGAGACUUGGGGGCCCGGGUCUGAGAAGCAGGCAAACACCUGCUAUGAGGCAGCACCAUGGGCCGUGGUUAACAGGACCGGAGGACCGGUGGUCCAAUGUCUAGUAGUAGCUGCUUCUGUCACAUCCCAGGUCAGGAUGGAUGCUCUUGACUCCCGCAGCCACUAAGGCCUCCUGACCCAUAUGUGGGCAGAGAAAUGCCGGCUGCACUGGGCUCAAUGAGCGGGCCAGGCGUGUUUUAAUGUGCAGUGCGGAGACCAGCAUGACUCGGCCUCAGGAUUGUCUUCUGCCUCUACCUGUGGCCUUAGCCCCGGACAGGUACCUGAGGGGGGUGGAGGUCCAGGCCAAGGUGAUCAGGAGAUGCAUGGGGUUUGUUUAAGUGGGGGGCAAGGACCCUUAAGACUUGGAAGGUAGGUUGGGAGGUUUCAUCUGCACUGGUGAUGGAAUCUGGGCCUCUGGGAAGAUGGUGUGAAGCUGAGAAACUCCCACUGCCAUCUGGGGUGGGGAGUGAGCCUUUGACUCCCACCACCUAAGACUCUUUCUUCCCUUGGCCCUGGGGGGCUCUAACCCAGUAGGGUCAUUACUGCCACUGCCUUGCCCUGAGGUCUGGCCUUUCCUUCACGGUAGCCUAUGCUACAACAGCACCCUCCCGUUUUGACAGACAGCACUGACCAGUUCUUACAAGGCCCCUUCUACAAUCCUGAUGCUGUACUUUGGCCAGUGUGGGUAGCUCAGACUAUGGCUUCAGUUUAAGUCUCUCCCACGCAGGUUUAAUUUUCCCCAUGCUACUGAAGGAAGAGAAAUGGAAAAGUGGAUCAGUCCUCAUAGGCAUUUUUUUUGAAGUUUAUUGAAAAAUGCAAUACAAGAAGCAAGACCAAACACAGAUCUCAACACUACAACCACUCCCCUCACUACAAAAGGCCGAAACAGCAGACCUAAUUAUUGCCUAUUUAAUCUAAGGGUUUUUGCCAAUGUAAUUCUGCUGCCAUAGUUCUAUUUUGUCAAGAAAUGUAAACAACUACUUGAUAUAUGAUUCAUAAUUUUUUAAAAAAAUUUACAAAGCUCCUUCAUUUUUGUCACCAAAAUAAUACAUUUGAGAGAGAUUUGUAAAAACAGGUAGCCUGCACCUGGCAUCCUGAACAGAGUUCGUGUGAGUGUCAAGGAUGGUGGGCUCCACUUCCCAAGGUGGUCUCCUCAGCCCCCCCAGGAAUACACAACGCUGGCCUGGGAGGGGGUGGAGCAGGUGUUCUGACAGGGCCCUGCAGGUAGGCUCCCUGGGCUUAUGAGGACAGGUCUUGCUUUGUGGGUAGGUGGCAGAGAUCUCAUGAAGUUUGAAGGAAACCUUUACUUCUGAAGUAAAAAUAAAAUUGCAGCGAGAUUUGUUACUGUGGUGUGUCUGAGUCACUUUAGGAAAACUGUUGCCAGGCUUCUGACCCUGGAAAUCUUACUCCCCUCCCCCUUCACCAUUUCUACCUGGAUAGAGUUGGUUCAUACACGCAUACACACACACACACACACACAAACUGCAGAGUGAAAAAAAUCCAAACAAUUGCCAAACCUUGAGAUCUGUUGCCAGGGAAGGGGGAAGAGGCCUGGAAGGAUGCUAGAGUUCUUUGGGUCCAGAGACAAAGGCUGCAGAGAGGAGGAGUGAGCGGAGGAAAGUUCAAGCCCUCAGAUCUGAGGUGGAGGUCCUGUGCUGUUAGAACUGCUGCACUGAGCUGGAUCAUGCACCAUAUUUGGGAUAGUGGACCCCUGUCUUCCCCCCCCCAUCUUCUCUAUCCCAGAUUUCAGCUCUAUGAGCUGGGAAGGAAAUGCUCCUUCCACAGAAGGUCUGGCCUUGGAGAAGCCGGCAAAGUCAGCUAAGCUUGACUGAUAAGAGGGGGAGUUCUAACGUGCCACCACUUCAAGCUCCACCACAGCCUGUACGUUCAUUCCUGAGAGAGGACAGCCUCCUUCCCUCAUGUCUGUCACAUGUCCCACCAUGUCCCCCCCCCCCGCCCCGCCUUAGAGAGCUUCGUGUGGGCAGUCACAGUCCACGUGAGAACGAAAAGGAAAAUACACAAAAAAAUCAAAUCGCUCAGUUCACCUAAACAGAAGUCAAUUAGUAAGGGCUGUGGUGUCCUGCCCCUGGCUACUGACUUCUCUUAUUCACUGCCCUUGGGCCCCCAAGUGACUGCUGUCACUGACACACUGUCUAAUCUCAUGAUGCUCCUUUCUAGCCUAGAAUCUGGAUUCCAAGAUGCUUCCAGGCAGGUCUGUUUGGGGGAGGAAGCAAGCUGGACUAGAGAAGCCUGUUUGACUUUUUUUUUUUAAUGCUCCCAAAUCCUUAGUAGGAAUCAGGGGCACCAGACCUCAUUUUCAAAAUGAAGCCAGAGAGAGAGAAAAUAAUAAUAAAAACUAAAUUGGAAGCCUUCUAGGAAAGCAAGCCUACAUAAUUUGAUAGACCUCAGGCAGUGAAUGGGAAUGAGUAGGGGGCUUUGUACCCCCGUCUCGUGGUGUCCUGUGGGAGUGGCCACCAAAAGCCAAUACUUUGCUUACUGAAGAGUCUCCUUAGGCAGGUGCUUGUAGAGAGCAGGAAGGUCAAAGACCAUGACUCUCUGAGUGCUCCUUGGUGGAAGUGCUCCUUAGCUGGAGCUGAAGUAAAUGCCACCGCUCCUUCGAGUGAGGUGCACACUCCCAGAACUAGACUUUAUUUAAAAAACCUCAUUAACUUUCCUUUGCCAAACCACCACUGAAAAUGUUCCACUAGAACAUAGCUAAAAAAAAA